AUGGCACAUGUGUGUGGGGUGCUUCCCAUAUUUUACGUACCCCUGCUUCUCCUUUUGGAGAUCCGUGGAAAUUUGGACUACGUAAGCCGCGUGUUGGGGGCCCUAGCUUCUGAGGGAGAUUUCCAUGCACCCUCUCCUAAAAUUGACCGCAUUGUUAACCAAAUGGAAACAUAUAUUCGGGAGAAUCCAGAAAUAUCUGAUGUAUGGCGUCAUAUAUUACGGGGGAAAAAUGGCAUCCCAGAGGUAAUUCCCGGUGUGAAGCACACGGUGACAUCUUUCUACCGAAGCGCCGCGACUAAGCUCAACAUAUCGAACACUAGCGAGAAUGAAGGAUGA